AUCUUCCACAGAAUGGGAAUCCCAUGAUAGUGGUAAAAGUGGGAAAUCACAAGAAAAAAACGAGUGUUCGUGACAGAACUGAUUGUCCCUUUUAUAAUGAGUAUUUCGUGUUUACUUUCACGUGCGAACUUGAGGAACUGAUGAGAACGAGAAUCACCAUAUCAGCUUACCUGAGAAAUAGAUUGAGACGACUAAAGUUCCAUGGGGGAAUACAUUUCGAAGCUGGAACAAUGUUGACACUGCCCUCUGGCAUGAGAAACAGGAAACAACGACCAUUGGAGUUGGUUUAUCCUGAUGAGAUGUUGUCGGGAACAGUACCAUCUUCUGGUGAUACAGAACCUGACGUUCAUCACGAAUACUAUCAUAAAUGGGCAAUGCUUAUGAAUCCGAAAGACCAAUCGGGUGGACCCAAGGGAUAUGUCAAGUGUAACGUGACGAUAGUAACGAAAGGAGAAAAAAUAAAAGCUCAUCCGGAAACGGACGACGACGAAGAUAUCGAAGGAAAUUUAUUGCUUCCUAUCGUGGAUCCGAGCAUUUCGACGAGGCAGCGGGCACGGUACGUUUUCUCGGUUUAUCGAGUCGACGGUUUACCAACAGUUGAGAAAAGCAUCGCUUGUACGGGCAACGUGAAUUACGUGAAGCCCUACAUCGAGAUAUCGUUCGCCGGUAUGAAGAAAAGUUUGUGGGACACCGAGGAGUAUAUUCUCGUCGGCAUUAUUUUCGACGCCUGCAUGAUCGAUCGUUCGCGUUAUAAAACGAAGCCGAUUCACUUCGAGAUGAGUUUGGGAAACAGCGGCAAUCGAAUGUACCCGCACAGUCAGUGUGUUGAGAACGACGACGGGCUUUUUGACGAAAGUAUUUCGGAACAACGCUCGGUUUUCGAGAGCCAGACUUCGCCCAGAUCAACCGGCAGCACGGACGGAAAGUACAAUUAUAUUCCACUCGAAUCAAACAAACCUUGCGUAUUCGUCAAAUCCUGGUGGCCUAACCUCGAGUGGAGAGUUACGAAUACCAAUAGCUUGCGGUUCAUCGCAAACUUUCUGGAAAAAGAACUCGAGAAACUGGAAGGUUUCAUCGUCGUUCAAAAUCGUGCGACGUUCACUGCAUACAACGAAAUCAUAACUUCACUGAAAAAUUACUGCACCCACUAUCUUCACAUACUGGACACCGGCCGGUACGACGACGAAGGCGGGACGACGAAACUCGAUCGACACAGGGUCAAUCUUUGUCGUGAAAAUAUUGAAGCUGUUCUCAAAAUGAUCAAAGUCAAUGGCUACCUUCAGAAUAAUCAUUACAUCAAAAUUGCGAUGGUUCAUGCUUAUAAGUACCUCCACAGAAUUCGCGAACUCUGCGACGACGACGAGAACGAGCGCGAAAUGCAAGAUUACAGCGCUUGUAAACUCGAGAUAUUCAUGUGGCUUGGUAACGCCAAAUUUGCUAAUGCCUGCUGGAGCUCCAUCCCUUCGGGCUACGAAGUUGAUCAUCAUUCGAGUCUCGACGUAUUCCCACGCGUUUUUACGUACACCGAAAAUUGGAAAUUUCAAUUACGGGCUCACAUCUUCCAAGGCCGCUUCGACCCAGGCAUGGACUCAUCAGGCUUAAUGGAUCCUUUCCUCAGAGUGAUUUUCCGUGGCUACACCUCGACGACGGAGACCAUCAAAGAGAGUUUGGAUCCUUUUUGGGAUCAAACGCUGAUAUUUCCACCGAUCGAGUUGCACGGUACACGAGAAAACAUAAAAGAGCUGCCACCGAAGGUGGUGAUCGAAGCUUUUGAUUUGGACAUGUGUGAUACAAAAGAAUUCUUUGGACGGUGCAUCGUGACUCCGGUAGUAAAACUCACCACUGAGACUUAUACGGCCCCGGAAUUUCCGCCCAGGCUCGAGUGGCACAAAUUUCAGUCGCAGAAGGAUUACAGUGGCAGUGUCCUUGCAGCUUUUGAGCUUAUAGAAAUAGGUGAAAACGAUCUGGUCGAUUUCCCUUCGGUUAAUACGUCAACGGAAGGCAAAAUCUACAACCUGCCCGACGACAUAAGACCAGCAAUGAGAAGCCAUCGCAUGGAAGUUAUUUUUUGGGGAGUUCGAGACAUGCGGAAAAUAAAUUACGUGCCUGUCACCAAACCGAGAGUCGUUCUCGAGUGCUCCGGAGUCCAUGUCAAGUCCGAGGUCAUGGAAAACGCCAAGAAAUUUUCCAAUUUUGAGGAAAAUCACAUCAUCGUCGAUCUGGACAUGCCAGAACUCGACGUUUACUUCCCAUCUGUUGUUAUAAAAGUUUACGACUCUCGAGGAUUCGGGUGCUUCAAGUACGUCGGAGUUUGCGUUGUUCCUACAGCACACGCGUUUUUGCAAAAGCUCAUAACCGAUGAGGAAUACGAAAGCACCAUUUACGAGCGCAACUUGCCUUUGCCCAACGAGUAUGAUCCUGAGAGCGAAGAGAGCAAAGGCUUGAUAAGCUACAAGAGAUUAGGAAGCGUCGAUUCACGAUCAAGACUCACCAAACUGUUUGGAAAGUUCAAAGAAACCAUGAGAAACUUCAAAUCGUUUCGGAAAAAAAAGAAAAAGGAAGAAUACGCUCAUGGCGAGGACGAGAGUCACGAUUGGUGGACGAGAUACUUCGCUUCACUCGAAAUUUAUCCUAUGGAAUUAGAGAUGCAGCCGGAAUUCGACGGAUUUAACGAUCGCCUGACAACCUUCGAAUUGUGGAGAGGAAAACGCACUGGCGAUCCGGAUGCGGACGAUAAAAAUUUUUCCGGCAGAUUCAAAGGUCACAUAGCCAUAUACCGGUGGCCUCAUCCCGAGCACUUUCGAUGCAAAACGAAGACCGGUAGAAAUGUUGCUGAUGGCCUUUGCGACGACUAUCCCUCGCAAGAGCCCCUUAAAGUAAUAGUCCGGCUUUACGUUGUAAAAGCGACAAAUUUGCAGCCGACCGAUCCACUGAGUGGAAAAUCCGAUCCGUACUUGCGGAUUAAACUUGGCAAAAGUGAUAUCAACGACAAGAAACAUUACAUUCCUAAUCAACUGAAUCCGGUAUUUGGAAAGCUUUUCGAAUUGGAUGCACAAUUCCCGAAGGAUCACAUGCUCACGAUCCAAGUUUGGGAUUACGACAUCGCGAGCUCGGACGAUCUCAUCGGCGAGACAAAGAUCGACAUCGAAAACCGUUUUUACAGCACCCACAGAGCUCACUGCGGGAUCGCAAAAACUUACAACUCUUCGGGUUACAACGCCUGGCGGGAUCGUGAAAGACCCACGCAGAUUCUGGGUUAUCUUUGCAACAAAAAUAACUUACCGUUGCCAGAGUACCUCGAAGAUUGUGUCAAAAUCGGCAAACAAAGAUUCCCAUUUGAGGCAUCAAUCGGUAUCUGCUCCGACGAAGAAGGUUCCGCGCAUGAUCGAUCGAAAUUUUCAGAGAGAGAUGAGUGCAUGGCACUGAACGUGCUCCAUCAAUGGCAGCAGUUUCCAAUUUGCGGCACGGCUCUUGUCCCCGAGCACGUUGAACGGCGACCGCUCUUCAAUGCCAGCAGACCCGGUCUCGAACAGGGUAAAUUGGAGCUUUGGAUCGAUAUGUUCAACAUUGAUGAAUUACCACCAAAACUUCCGAUCGAUAUUACUCCCCAAGUGCCUGAGGACUAUGAAAUUCGCGUGAUCAUUUGGAACGUCGAGGACGUACCUCUCGUUGAUAAUCAAUUUCUCACAGGGGAGAAAUGUUCGGAUAUUUAUAUCAAAGGAUGGAUCCUUUACGAGGACCACCAGAAAACAGAUGUUCACUACAACUCGUUGAACGGCGAGGGAAACUUCAAUUGGCGUUUUAUAUUUCGGGUGACAUACGCAAGGGGUGAAAAUCUCAUGAUCGUACGAAAGAAACUUUCUGUUCUUGCCAAGGACCACACCGAGCAGAAAAUGCCUUGUAAAUUGAACCUUCAAGUCUGGGACAGCGAUCAUUUUUCUCCGGACGAUUUUCUAGGCUCAUUAACUAUGGACCUCUCGAGAAUGCCAAAGGGAAGUGCGAACUCGAAAAAUUGCACGCUUAAGGUCAUCCACCCGAAGUCACCGACGGUCAAUCUAUUUAAAGUUAUGCGCACCAAGGCGUGGUGGCCGUUUGCUUGCGUCACGAGUACGGGUAAAGAAGUUCAAGCGGUGAGAAAGAUGCUUGUUGAUAAAACUGACCUAUUAUUAGUGCGUUACAAAAACCUUUGCGUUUCCUUACUGACAACUUCCAAGUCGGAAAAAUUUUAUUCCCACGUGUUACGAGCGGCGAUAAGAUUUUUUUUCGACGACCUUGGUCCUCUCAAAGAGACGUGGGUCGGCAAAGUGGAAAUGGAGAUGAUCGUUGUUCCGGCUUCCCAGGCUAAAGAACAUCCGGUCGGCAAGGGUCGCAAUUCUCCCGAACCUCUUGAACCACCCAAACGUCCCGACACAUCGUUCUCUUGGUUUCGUAAUCCAUGGAAGGCCUGUUGCUUCGUAGUUUGCCGUUAUUACAGAUGGCGAAUAUUUUGCUGCUGUUUCAUGUUUCUCUUGGUGAUGUUGGUCGGAUGUGCGAUCUACGCAUUUCCUGGAUACUUCGUCAAGCGUUUGUUGGGAGCUUAAUUAUUGUGGAGACGAGACACGACUGGCCGCGUUGGCAUGAUGUAACGAGACUUGUUUUUUUUUUUUUUGCACCCUCGGGAAAAAGAGUGGCAGCGCAAAAAUAAAGUGAACUCGCGUAAUUAAUUCGCUCAAUUCAUUUGAGUAGCCGCGUAAUUAGUGGCCAUGAACGUUCCGAUAAAAUCUUAUGAUUCCUCCGCGCUGCAUGCUUUCGCAUUAUCACAUAAUGAACAAUCAACUCGUGUGCAAAUAAAAAUAAAGGAAAUAUAAAAAAAAAACUUCCCUCCAGUCGUUCAUAAAUGAUUUCGAACGAAUCUUCUGUACCGAGAUGCAAAACGAAUACGUGUCCUUUCCCGAGGAAAAUCCUGGCAAUAACACUCCAAAGAAUUUUACGAGGUCAUCCUCCGCAGAUCCUUUUUCCCCCGGAGCUAUCCUGGGAUAUCGGGAGAAACCUCAGACCGAGUUUUACGUUCCCAUCGCUAUAUAGAGAUUCUUGAAUAUUUCGAAAGUUCACUCACGAGAGUACGGAUGAAAAAGGAUUUUCCAACUGUACCGGAAAUGUUGAGGUCGAUAGUCGUAUCUCGCAGUGUGUACUUCGUCACACAUAUGUCUUCCUACUUUUUACGUGCUCAAUCGUAUCGUCUCAAUUCCGUGAACUUGAAGGGUGAACGCAUUGAUUCUGGCGAAAAACUAUUGUUUCGCGUUGCGAACGCGUCGGAGG